AUGACUCUCAUUCAUAUAGUUCUCUUCAGGUUUAAACCUGAGGUAACCCAAGAACACAGAGAUGCAUUCUUGCGUGAGGUCAAGACGCUCAAAAAUUUGCCAUCUGUGAAAGAGGGUCGCCUCAUUGUCGGUAGCCCCUCGUUGACGGAUCCCAUUGCAUUGAGCAAAAAGUUUGAAUUCGCUCUCGUGAGCUACCAUGAGAACAUAGCAGCGUUGGAGGAAUAUGAGGCGAGCGAGGAACACCACCGUGUCACAUCAACAUAUAUGUUCCCUUUCGAUGAAGACCUCUGCCGCUUCGAUUUCGAUGUCGACCCCGAAGACGAGUAUAUCGCCCUUGAAUUCGGAAAUCCAGGGUUCUUUGGAGAGAUCUGGUUGACCAACUUAGAGUGA